AUGGCAUGGACGAAGGAAUACCUGGAUUUUGUUUUGAUCCCAACUGGGUUAUUGAUCAUGUCAGCUUACCAUGUCUUUCUUCUUUACAGAUGCCUUAAACUCCCUCAAACCACUGUCAUCGGCUAUGAGAACCACUUCAGGAGAGCUUGGGUUGAGAGACUGUUGCAGGUGAGCCCCUAUGAUAGGGGUUUGGCGUUAACAACAAUCAGCUCCACGAUAUCAGCAGCAACUUUCCUGGCAACAAUAUCUCUAGCUUUGAGUUCCCUUAUUGGAACAUGGGUUGCAGAAUCUGCUCAUAGUCUCUUCAGAAAUAGUCUGAUUUAUGGCAAUACAAGCUCAUCAAUCAUUUCUGUCAAAUACAUCAGCCUUCUUAUCUGCUUCCUGGCCGCUUUCGGUUCUUUUCUUCAAUGUGUUAGCAACUUUGCCCAUGCUAGUUUCCUCAUCAGCAUGCCCAAUGCAGAUAUUCCAGUAAGUUAUAUCGAGAAGGCAGUGAUAAGAGGAAGUGCUUGUUGGUCAGUCGGUUUACGAGCAAUUUACUUUGCCACUACUUUGCUGAUGUGGAUUUUUGGUCCAAUCCCAAUGUUUGCGGCUUCAGUGAUUAUGGUGGUGAGUUUGCAUAACCUUGACAGAAAUGUAACCCCUUUGCAUAAGUUCGAAUCCGCCAAGUCCAACUCCCAUAAUCUGUUUACAAGGUCAAUGAGGAUUUAG